AUGUCUGGUGAAUCUAAAAUUAUUUUGGCUAUUAUAAAUAAUAUGAAGAAAAAAUUUCAAGGUAAGAUGAUUAUAGAUAUAUUUUGUAUGCGGUUUCAGGAAAUUAUUAAAGAAGAUGGUGAAGGCAUUUUUAAAAAGCUAAACUAUGGAGAUGAUCGUUUUAUAGAUAAUUCUACAGGAGAAUUAUCAGAGAUUCUAAGAAUAGAUCUUAAAUGGAUAAAAAAUAAUUCAUCUAUCAUAGCACUUGUUAUUGAAACAAUUUUAAUGUCUAAUAUUAUCUCAAAAGAAAUUAAGUUAUUGGUAUGGACGAAUUUUAAUAGAUCUAUUAAUUUUGCUACUAAUAAACGAAUAAAAAUACUUUUUGAGCCUUCAAUAAUAAUAACUAGAAGGAAAUCAUUAGAAUUAGCAUGA